AUGAGUUCCCAUAACGCUCAGAGCAUGUUAGAUUUGGGAUCGACUAUCAUCACACUGCCAGUGGAGGAGACUUUGGCUCAGAGGGUGUGUCUCAGUGCUCUCAGAGAGCACAGGCACAGCACAAGAAUGGGCAGAUUACACAUUUUAAUUGAAAUCAUGGCAAAGCACUGGCACGUGGUGUAUCUGUUAAGUUGCUGGCACUUCGGGACUCUUAAUGUUACAGCUUUCAAUCUGGACACCCAGAAUGUGCUGCAGAGAAAUGGAGAUCCAGGAAGCCUGUUUGGAUUUUCGGUUGCGUUCCACCAGCAGCUGAACCCGGCCAAAAAGAAUCUAUUGCUGGUCGGAGCGCCACGAUCAAAACACCAGAACCAAGUAAAUGUUACAGGUGUUGUUUACCAGUGUGACCUUAUUAAAACAUCCGAGCGCUGCCGGCCCAUUGAGUUUGAUAGCGAAGAGUUCCUCGAUAGUAAAGGCAUAAACAACCAGUGGAUGGGAGUUAGAGUGACGAGCCAAGGUCCUGGUAAAAAUGUAAUGACUUGUGCUCAUCGAUACCAGCAGUGGAGCCCGAGUCCGAGCCUUUAUGUCCCUCGCUUGGUGACGGGCCAGUGUUACCUCUUAGGAGAUGACCUGCAGGUCGGGAAGGAGGAGAGGACGUGGAGGAGGGUGGUUUGUGACUCCGAACACUUGACCAGACGUCAAAAGGACCCGGACUGGUUUUCAUACUGCCAACAGGGUCACGGAGCAUCCUUUGCGAAGGACAACGUGUCUCUGUUAUUUGGAGCGCCAGGAGCAUAUCAGUGGAAAGGAAUCGUACGAAUGGAGCUCUUGGAUAACCUGGACAUCUCCAGUGCAGAUUCUCGUGAGACUGGUGAUAUUGACCAGUUCAACAUGAAACUCAUUCCUCUCCAAAGAAACAGCUACCUGGGAUUCUCCAUUGACUCUGGUAUGGCCCUCCUCAGACAGGGGGAGCUGACCAUCGUGUCCGGAGCGCCCAGAGGCGGUUACAGUGGCCAGGUGGUAUUUCUUAAGGCGGAUCCUGAGGCGCAGAGAAGUUUGUCUGUGGAGUUAAUCCUCUCUGGUCCAGGCCUGGCCUCCUCCUUUGGCUACGAUGUGGCUGUGGUGGAUUUCAAUGGUGAUGGGUGGGAGGACCUCGCUGUCGGAGCGCCGGAGUUCUUUGUUAAAGACGGUUUGGUCGGAGGAGCAGUCUACAUCUAUAUCAACAGCAAAGGGAACAACUGGGAGAACAUUGUUCCAACUCAACUUCUUGGCCAUAAAGACUCAAUGUUUGGCCUCGCGGUGGAAAACGUAGGAGACAUCAAUCAAGAUGGUUAUGGAGAUGUUGCAGUGGGGGCUCCUUAUGACGGUUCUGGUCAAGUAUACCUGUACUACGGUUCAUCAGAUGGCAUCAACAAGAAGCCAGUGCAGGUACUCUCAUCGGGAUCCAAUAAAGUUACUCUGUUUGGAUAUUCUCUGUCGGGUAACUUGGACAUGGAUAACAAUCAGUACCCAGACCUGGCUGUGGGAUCGCUGUCUGAUUCUGUCUUUGUCUUCAGAGCGAGGCCAGUGGUCAGUGUCAGCAGCUCUCUGAGGGUGACGCCCGCUGAAAUAGACAUCACAAAGGAACAAUGUGAUAAACGCACAUGUUAUUUUGCAGCUCAGGCAUGCUUUACCUACACGGCACAUCCAGCAUCGUUCAACCCUAAAUUGACGCUCAACUACAAGUUUGGAGCUGAUGCUGAGAGGAAACAGAUGAGGCUUCCUCACAGAGUGGACUUCCUGGCUUCAUCUCAAGGAAAACUGGAGCUGCCCGGACAGAAGAGACAAAUCUGUACUGACACCCAACUACGACUUCUGCGUGAUAUUAAGGACCGGCUGCACAGUAUCCCUGUGUCCAUCACUGCGUCUCUGUGGAGCUCCAGUCAGACCCCCGGGACGAGUGCAGAUCUGCCCGACAUUACUCCGGUCCUCGAUCUCUUCCAGCAAAACAGUAUUGUCUCAGAGAUUAUCUUAAUAAACAAGGGCUGUGGCAUGGACAACAUCUGCCAAAGUAACCUUGAGUUACAGUACAAGUUCUGUUCCAGAAAAACACAAAAUAAUCAAGAUGUUUUCCAAUCACUCGCCAGGGAGGAUGGUGUUGCAGUCAUCACUCCUUCUGAAGAAGACAUAGCUCUGGAGAUCAUUGUGACGAACAGAAACGGGGAUGACGCGCACCAGAGUCACUCCGGCAUCAGCCUCCCGGAUACUCUUCAUUACUCCUCCAUUGUCUACGGUUCAGCAUCAGAGACACAAGUGAGUUGUACAGCCAAUGACAAAGGAACACUAAUAGACUGUGAACUGGGAAACCCGCUCCGAAGAGACGCAGAAGUUACUUUUUAUGUCCUACUUGCAACAUCCGGCAUCUCACUGAGUACAAAAGACGUCAUCGUCACACUGCAACUUGAAACGACGAGUGUGCAGACGAUACAACCAGUUGAGGCAUUAGCCAAAGUGGUUUUUGAGCUGGAGCUACAAGUAUAUGGACUAGCCAGGCCCUCUCAAGUGUCACUUGGGGAAAACUUGAGGGGUGAGAGCGCCAUAACGUUGGUGGAUGAAAUUGGAACUGCAGUUCUAUAUGAAUUUAGGAUAACAAAUUUGGGCAGACCACUGAAAUAUUUUGCCAAUGCAUCACUAAACAUCCACUGGCCAAAGGAGAACUCUGUAGGAAAAUGGCUUCUGUACUUGACUCAGAUCAGCAGUAAAGGUGUUCAGUCUGUCCCCUGCUCACCUGUGGAUGAGGUCAAUCCACUGAAACAUGUGAAGGGUUGGCAUGACUCCUCAAGGAAAAGACGUGAAGCCGAACAUGAAGCGAUCUCAACUGAUGGAUUCACAUUUCUUACAAAAAGAAGGAAAUACAAAACUUUGACCUGCUCAGAUGGACUGAAGUGUGUGCAGAUACGCUGCCCUCUGCUGGGUUUGGACAGUACUGCAGUGAUGGUUCUGCAUUCCCGGCUCUGGAACACCACUUUCACAGAGGAUUACAGCUCUUUGAACUACCUGGACAUUGUUGUGGAUGCUAGUCUCAGUUUGACAAACUCUCCAGAGAAUAUUGAACUGAAACCGGAGAAGCUUGGGACAAAGGUAAAACUGACGGUGUUCCUGGAGAGAAAAGCUGAACGUGUCACCAAAGUGGCGUGGUGGAUAAUCUUCCUGACUGUGAUUGCGUUGCUCCUGCUGUUGGCAGUUCUUGGCUUCUUGUUGUGGAAGCGGGGGUGCACCAACUGCCUCGCUCAGAACAAGAAGCGCCAACACGAUGGAGAUCCAAACAAAGAGACCGCUCCCCUCAAAGGCUAA